GCGCCAUCUUGACCAACAGGUAUCUGCUGCUACUGACCAUCGGACCAUCGAGCUGCCGCUGACCCUCCGUCCUCCUCUCGUGUACCCCGCAGGCAACAUGGCGCUGAGCCGCCUGGAGAGAGCUCAGACGUGGCUCUUCCGGACGGUCACGGGCUUCUUUUUCAUGGUUUUUCAGUUCUUCUCCCCUCGGAGAGCCGCUGCGAAGAAGCUGCCGCCCGUCAGCAGCCCGCUGCUGCUCCUGUCAGCGACGCAGCUCGCCAAGAAGAUCCGGCGGAAAGAGGUGUCGAGUGUGGAGGUGGUGCAGGCCUACAUCGACAGGAUCCAGGAAGUGAACCCGUUUCUGAACGCUGUCGUAAAAGACAGGUUUGCUGCCGCCCUCCAGGAAGCAGCUCAGGUUGAUAAGCUCAUUGAGGAGGAGACGGGUGGAGAGGAGGUGCUGGAGGACCGGCUGCCUUUACUAGGAGUCCCGCUGUCAGUCAAAGAGUCCUUUUCCCUCCAGGGCAUGCCCUUCAGCGCAGGCCUGGUGUCCAGGCGGGGAGUGGUGGCCUCCGUGGACUCUCCACCCGUGGCCCUGCUGAAAAGAGCGGGGGCCAUCCCUCUGGGCGUCACCAACACCAGCGAGCUGUGCAUGUGGUGGGAAUCAAACAACCACGUGUACGGCAUCACCAGCAACCCGUACGACCUGGAGAGGAUACCAGGAGGAAGCUCAGGGGGGGAGGGCAGCAUAUUGGGAGCAGCAGGAGCGGUCAUCGGCGUGGGCUCCGACAUCGGAGGCAGCAUCCGCAUGCCGUGUUUUUUCAACGGGAUAUUUGGCCAUAAAACCACUCCAGGUGUGGUGUCCUGUGAGAACCAGUACCCUCCUGCCUCUGGCAGACAGGAUGAGUAUCUCAGCUCGGGUCCCAUGUGCCGCUACGCUGAAGACCUGCUGCCCAUGCUCCGCAUCAUGUCCGGACCCAACGCCACCAAGCUGUCCUUAAAAACAAAGGUGGAGCUGAAGAAGCUGCGCUUCUUCUCCAUCCCUCAUGAAGGCCGCUCUGUUUGCACUCACCCUGUCAGCAAAGAGCUCCUGGACAUCCAGAAGAAGGUGGUGGAGCGUCUGGAGGCGGAUCUCGGAGUGAAAGUCCAGCAGGUGCGUUUACCUGAGCUGCGCUAUGGCUUCCAGAUCUGGAACAUGUACAUGGGUCUUCCUGACCAGGAUGGGAACCCUCCCCUGGCGUUCGCGGCGCUGAUGGGAGAACCCGGUCGACCAGUGUGGCCUCUGUGGGAGCUGCUGAAGUGGAUGGUGGGAAGAUCAGACCAUACGAUGGCUGCCAUCUUGUUGGCCGUCGUCGAGAAGACCUAUGGCUCCAAAACCUCGCCCUCCCUCAUCCAGAAGAAAGAGAAGCUGCAGAAGGAGUUUGAGGAGCUGCUGGGAACCGAUGGCAUCCUGUUCUACCCGUCACACCCCAGAGUGGCGCCCAAACACCACCACCCCCUCUUCACAGCCUUCGACUUCUCCUACACUGGUAUCCUGAACAUCCUGGGCCUGCCUGUGACCCAGUGUCCUCUGGGUCUGGGGCAGGAGGGUCUGCCUCUGGGUCUGCAGGUGGUCGCUGGAAAGCUGCAGGACCAUCUGACCCUUGCCGUGGCCCUCUACCUGGAGAAGACCUUCGGAGGUUGGAGGAGCCCUGGAGCAAACUAAACACACACACACUACAGCCAUUACCAAAAGAGAGCGUGUCGAGGCAUUUCUGCCGUCCUGCCAGAGGCACAGUCGGAGGCGAAUGUUCAAGUUUUUGCACUAAUAAGAACUCUCUCGUUCCUCCGAGGGGAUUUUAUGUUUUACAGGCUAGAAGCUCAGAAGCUGAACGUUUAGGUGGAAACAUUUUCACAUCAGAUUUCACUUAGCAGCUUGGCUCAUGUUGAGUGUGUGUUUACCUAAAUCGUCCUGUUUAAGAUCCUGCUCCAACAGGAGAACGUGCACACACACAUCAAACUGAUAAUCCAAGGUCCCUACAGAGAUUAAAUUAUUCGGUCAAAUGAGGCAGAAAAGAAUGAAACACAGAAAGAUGUGCUAAGUAUUAACAUUAGAAACUACAAAGGACGAGACGUACUGGGUGUUUUAAUAAAAAUAGGCAAAAGCUGUGUUUGACCUGAUGAGCAUGUUCAUAUGAAUGAUGUGUGGCUCAGCAGUUGUGCUGCCUGUUUUAUGCUUCAGCUCAUUUUAAUAAAUAAAACGUUUCAUUUUA